AUGGUUGCAUAUGCAGAUAUGGGCGAGGAACAAAUCAAGAUAGCCAGACGUUUGGGUGUGGACAGGAAAACUGUGAAUAGAAUCUUGAGGAGAAGGUUUGUGACAGGAAAUGUGACACCUGUUAAAUCUAAAGGUAGACCGCGAAGUGGAAACACCAAAAGUAAUCGUGUCAUCAUCAACCUGGCUAGAAGAGAGCGGGCCAAAACUGUCAAAGCCAUUGCCUUGGAACUACAGGCCCAACGUUUGGCUCGAUUGUCUUGCCAGACGGUAAACCGCAGGCUGUUGGAACACCCCUAUCCUUCAAGGAGAAUGUCGCCCAGUUUCUUGGCCCAGUGUCGGCCAAUUUCAGUCAGUAUGGGGAAUGCUAUCAAAGCACUCAAGUGGCACAUCAACCAUACGCCAAGUGAGAUGCCAGACCCGGAGGCCAAAAGAAAUGUGAAGGAAUUAAUUGACGAUUUCUUGCAAGAGAAGAUACUUCUAGCUGGAGAAGCCAUCUCUCUUACUGCUCUGCAGAAAAUCCAAGAUGGGAAUGUCCUUCUAGUAUUUGGUUGCUCUUCUUUGAUCCGGAAGAUACUCUGCGAUGCACACUGCAAAGGAAGACAGUUUCGUGUUAUCGUCGUUGAUGGUCGUCCAAAGUUAGAAGUGCGAGAGGUGCUCCGUCGCUUUGUUCCUACGUGUUCCUACGUUCUCGUCAAUACAGCUUCUUACAUUAUGCAAGAGGCUACGAAAGUCUUCUUAGGUGCUCACGCUUUGUUAGCCAAAGGUUACGUCAUGGCCAGAGUGGGGACUUCCAAGAUCUCACCCCUGGCUAAGGCGUUUAAUGUGCUGGUCCUGUUAUGUUGUGAGACCUACAAGUUCUGUGAGAGAGUAAAGACAGAUGCGUUUGUUGCUAAUGAAUUAGGCGACCCUGGCGACCUGGUGAAGACUCACAAAAAAAACCACCUGGACAACUGGAAGCAGUUCAAGAACCUCCGCCUCCUGAACCUGGUCUAUGACGCCACACCCCCAGAAUUUGUUACCAUGGUGAUUACAGAAAUUGGGGUCAUCCCUUGCACCUCCGUUCCAGUCGUCUUGAUUGUCAAACAGACGGAGACACCCCAAUAA